AUGGCAAAAAAGACUGAGGCCGAGAAGGUGUCGGGCAUAGACACGCAGAUCGACAUCCACGAUGCAGAUAAAUCGAUAAUGGUGAACGCAAGCACGCAGAUUGUGGUGUACAGCGUGCUAUUCAUCAUUUUUCUUAUCCUGAGGAAUAAAUUUAGGCUUAUAUUCUCGCCAAAUCCGAGAAAGAAGAAAAUACAUCCCGCUUACAACCACACGGGCAUUUUAAACUGGAUACUGCCGAUCUACCGGACAACGGACAUCGAAAUGAUAAACAUAAACGGACUGGACAGCUACGUCAUGCUCUCUUUGUUCAAAAUGAUCGCCACCAUUUUCUUUUACAUGAUAAUUUUUGUAACGCUGCCGCUGUGUGGUUUGUACGCUUUUGGGGCGUUCAACUCGGAAGAGAUUUAUUUCUCGCUGUGCUACAGAAACAAGGACGAGUACUACGUUAAGCUGUGUUCGUUUGUUGUGGUGUUCAUCAUAACGACAAUUGUCAUUCUUGUACUCUACAGCUACGCCAAAUCGUUUAUCUCCCUGCGACAGGCAUACAUACGCAACCCGGCCACGAUGCAUCCCAUCGAGUACAUGAAGAAGCAUUCAGUUGAGUACGUGAAUGCACCCUCCAAGAGCGUCCUUCUCACACGGCUGCCCACGUAUCUUGAGAGCAGUCUGGACCUGUCAUCGUAUGUGAGUGCGUUGGGCUUGGGCGAGCAGAAGAACGCAAUGAUUGUGAGGGACACGCGCAGGUACAACAAAUUGCUUUCCAGGAAAAAGAAGAUCGUGAUACGCCUUGAAAACGAAAUUUACGCGAUUUACAGGCAACGCACACAAACGGAGUUGAGUGAAAAGGAAGCAGGCGGCAAUGUAAACGAUGGGUCUGCAGGCUCUGCUUCAACGAUGGAGCUUGAGGAGGAAAAAAAUAGCAAAAUAAUGCCUAUUGAGAAGAAAGUGCACCUUCUCAAGGCGCUCUUUAAUGACAAAAAGUAUGACAAGCUACAGGGCAUACUCAGCGAGUUGAAGAAGAACCAUGAUGACAUCACAGAAGAGCUUAAGAAGCUGAAUGAGGAUACGACCAUUGAGAAGAACAUCGUUGAGAUUAUACAGGACGAGUUGUAUGACAGGGAUUACAGCGACAAGGAGAAUUUGAAGGGUGAUGAUAGUUUUAAGAGUGCAGAGGAUAAGGAAGGGAAUGGAAGGAGUAGUUCUAGUGGUGACAAGAGCAAGGAGAACAGGGAUGAUGACCUUGUGAAAGACGACAAAGGGAAGGAUAACAAUGAGAGGAGUGGCGAAGAGAACGAUGUGGAGAAGGGUGGUGAUGAAACGGUUGUAAAGGAUGAGAAUAGAGAUAAAGAAAAUGACGAGGAAAAAAACAAAGAAAAUGACGAGGAAAAAAACAAAGAAAAUGACGAGGAAAAAAACAAAGAAAAUGACGAAGAGAAAAACAAAGACAAUGACGAGGAAAACCAAGGGUCUGAAAAGAACGAAAAUAAUCUGGGAUCACCCACUAACAGCGUAAAUAGUGAGACAUACCAUGCGUGUCUGAGAAAUGCAGUUUUCCGGUCGUCUUUCAACCUCGAAAUUCCCUACAAAACACGUGCAGGCAUCGUUUCGUUCAAGCACCAAAGAAGUGCAAGCAUUCUGUGCCAAUCGCUCAUUUCCAGCAAAAUGUUCUCGUGCAUCGCAGAACCUGCUCCUGCCCCAAACGACAUAAAAUACGACAACAUCAACAAAAGCCCAUUUAUAGCAAACAUGCAACGGCUGUUGUGCUCGUUUCUGUUUGUGCUGUUCACGCUCAUGUUCUUCUACGCGGUGGGUUUGAUUGCAUCAUUCUGCAACUUGAAGUAUCUCGAAGGUAAAUUUACGUGGCUGGCAGACCUCCUGAAAGAACACGCGAACUGGCGAGCGACACUGAACGGCAUCCUUUCUCCCCUCGCGUACAACAUUCUGAUGACCAUUGGUCCGAUAUUCAUACGGCUCAUUAUCACGCUCGAGAGCAACUACUCGGGCACAGCUGACCAGGUCUCCCUGAUGAAUCGCUACUCCAUAUUUCUGUUUUUGAACGGUUUCCUUUCGUUUGUUACCACAUACUCGGUUCACCAGCUUUCUGGUCUUGACGAGGUCAAGAAAGUGCUUGAAGGCCUUCAGACAGGCUUGCUCAAGACGAGCGUGUUCUUCAUGAACGCACUUAUACAGAAGGCACUUGUUGGGCAGGUGCUUAUUCUCCUGCAAGUAGGUCCUUUGAUAUCGAAAGCGUUCGCGUACAUGUUCAGCAACAAGACUCUUCGUUCAAAGAAACAGCUCGAGAAGAGCAUUUCGCUCGACUUUGGCACCGUUUAUCCCAACAUGCUCCUCAUAUUUGCUAUUUGCCUCGUGUACAGCAUCCUCACACCGAUCAUUCUCGUAGUGGGCUUUGUAUUCUACAUCUCAUGUUUCGUCGUUUUUAAAAACGAAUUCAUUUACUGCGUGAAGAACGAAACAGAGACGGGCGGUGUCCACUUCAACUUUGCAGCCACGUACAUAAUUUACAUCCUAAUAUUCUUCCAGACGAGCACUGCCGUGCAGUACCUCACUUCUCAUAACAUGUACCUAUCCUUGUGCCUGUUUGUGCUCGCCGUGCUCACGUUUUUCCUAAAAAACGCGUUUCUCAAAUCAUUUCAGCGUGCAUGCGCGUUUUAUCCGCUGAGCCUGCAGGAGGAGCAUUAUAUUGACUCAUUUACACGCACGCUGUUGCUUAGCCGUGUAAGAUUUAUUAAAAAAUGGACACAGCAAACGAGUGAUGAGAUGGUUGAACUGCGCAAGAUUGGAUAUGUUGAUGCAGAGUGUGCUAUGGAAUAUGAGCGGCCCACUGAUAAGGAGGGAAUAUAUCUUGAUACGGAGGUAUUCGUAGAAUUGGAAAAGAUUUAUGGAUAGAAAAAAGAUGCUUUUGGCCGUGACGUAGCCAUGUCUUAUAAUUUAUAUUAAAGACAAUUUGUGCAAUUUAAUGG